UUUGGGGAUGGGGGUUGGGCAGAACGAACGAGAAUGCUUGACUUCACUUCUUUCCCCUCCGGCACGGUGUACCCACCCCGGUCAGGUUAUCAAAAAACUUGCCGUGUUCUGAAGCGCAAAAGAGCCUCUUGUAUCCCAUCCAUCCACACACACACAUCACUUUCCCUCUCUCUCUGGGUUGUGACGGUGUGAGCUCGACAUGCAUGUUUCUUCGAGGCUAGCAAGAGACCGAAGGUGUUCCUGGGUGCAAAUCCUAAGCCGAUUGGCCAAACGCACCCUAUGAUCCAAGAAGCCCUAUGCAGCCACGCGACCCGGCGACCGUUUCUCUUCCCCCCAAAAGCCAAAAGGACUUUUCGAACCACGCACGCACGCACGCACCAGCGCAUCUCGGGAGCCAAUUAUCCCCCCUGGCCCUUUCACGAUUACAUGUCUUUCCCGACUUUACAUCUGGGCUUUCGGUGGGUAAAACUCAUCUGUUCCACCUCUUGUACGUCUUGUCCAAUGUUUCUGGCGCCGCAAAACUAGGCUGGGUUUUGGAGAAACCAUGCUCUCACACACCUGGCUUGGCAGACGUCUCUCUGAGGAGGCCCUUGUAUAACCCCAACCACCAAACCCAUCAUCAUCAUCAUCGUCACCAACCACAUGUUCAUUGCAACACGCAUCCCACCGCGUCCCCCAUCCCAUCCAAUCCACACUUUUUCUUCUCAUCUGACUUUGACUUCCCCCCCCCUUUCCCCCAUGCCCUCCCUUUCUCUAAUCAACCACAAACGGCUCUCAACCCCCCUCAAACCUUGCACGGAUGGAUUUCACACCUACGUCAAGAAAAGGCCCAAAGCAACAUCGAUCUGGCAAGCCGGAACAAACACCCCCAACGGAAACAAGGCCUGACCUAUCCUUUUCCAAACAAAAAAGCCUUGAUCGUUUCGGGCGUCUAGAAUGCACCUUUGUUGGAACCUAUUGUAAUCUGUGUGUCCCUCAUCCAAUCCCCCCCUUUUGACGUUCCCUCGUUCGAGGUUUGUUCCUUGUCUACAGAGUAUCAAUCUCCCUAAAUUAGCCCGGUCAACGUCCGCGUUUUGCCCGAUUCGCCAAUCUGAGGAGACUUGACGCGCGACGAGAGUUCUGGCCAUCAGACACAUUGAUACAACAAUCCCGGAUUCUUUCCCCCCUCCCCUUCUCUC